AUGAUGUAUGAUGGAGAUGAAGAAGGUUGGAUGAAGGAUGAUGAUGACGAUGGCACUGAUGGUGAUGAUGGAGUGGAUGAUGAUGAUGAUGGCAAUGACAAUGACGAUGAUGACGACGAUGAUGAGGAUGAUCUGGACGGAUCCCCCCUCCCGCUGCCCUUCUGCCUCCCGGACGGCUCCGCCUGCGUUGGCCCCGCCCCCGGCCCCGCCCCCGGCCACGCCCUGCUGCUGGUGACCCCUGACCUGCGCGUGGCCACCGGCCCCGGGGACGGCGUGGAGGUGACCGUGUCCCCAAGGCUGCGCCACGCCACCUGCGGCCCCUGCGGACGCUUCCGGAGUGACCGCUGGAGUGACCGCGGGAGUGACCACGGGAGUGACCACGGGAGUGACCGCGGGGACAGCAGGAGUGACCGCAGUGACCACAGGGACAGCAGGGACACCAGGAGUGACCACGGGAGUGACCACGGGGACAGCAGGAGUGACCACAGGGACAGCAGGGACACCAGGAGUGACCACGGGAGUGACCACGGGGACAGCAGGGACACCAGGAGAGACUACGGGGACAGCAGGGACAGCAAGGACAGCAGGAGUGACCACGGGAGUGACCACGGGGACAGCAGGAGUGACCACAGGGACAGCAGGGACACCAAGGACAGCAGGAGUGACCGCAGGGACAUCAGGAGUGACCACAGUGACCGCAGGGACAUGGGGAGUGACCAUGGGAGUGACCGCAGGGACACCAGCAACGACCUCGGCACUGACCACAGGAGUGACCACAAGACAAAGAGUGACCGCAGGGACACCAGGAGUGACCGCAGGAGUGACCAUGGGAGUGACCGCAGGGACAUCAGGAGCGACCACGGGGAGACCAGGAGUGACCGCGGGGACAAUGGGAAUGACCGUGGCAGUGACCGUGGGGACAACGGCAGUGACCACAGGGACACCAGGGACACCGGGAGUGACCACAGGGACAUCAAGAGUGACCAUGGCAACACUGGGAGUGACCACAGCGACCACGGGGAGACCAGGAGUGACCACAGGGGCACCAAGAGUGACCGCAGUGACCACAGGGACACUGAGAGUGACCACAGGGACACCGGGAGUGACCGUGGGGACAAUGGGAGUGACCACAGGGACACCGGGGACACCGGGAGUGACCAUGGCAACACUGGGAGUGACCACAGGGACAUCAAGAGUGACCAUGGGGACACCAGGAGUGACCGCAGCGACACCAGAAGUGACCAUGGGGACACCAAGAGUGACCACGAGAACACCAGGAGUGACCCCAGGAGUGACCACGAGGAGCCCGGGCCGUGUCCCCGGGGUCGCUGCCUGUCCAUCCCUGACCUCCCCAUGUCCACCCAUGACCUCCAAGUGUCCAUCCAUGAUCUCCUGGUGACCCCGUGGUGA